AUCCAACAAAUAAAUUUAAAAGGAUUCUACCUUGAAUACAGCGGAUUAUAUAAAUUUCAGAAAUUAUACUUUAUUAGCUACAUCAUUGCACCCAAAAAAUUAAACAAGAAAUAAGAUCUUUCUCGGUAUCUAUUUUUUUUUUACAAAGGACAGAAUAUGGUUAACUUAAUUUUUACAUGUUUACUAUAUUUAUAAAAACUAGUGAUUCGAAACAAUUCACUAACGGCUCGGUGUUUUUCUUCGAAUUAUCAAUUUAAAACUUCGUCAAAAUGAAGACAGUUUGGAUCAUAGGACAUCUAUUCUUCGUUGUUUUUAUUUUCGAAACAAAAUGUGAAACUCGAAUGUGUUUUGCCUGCAUGGACUCUUCCAACGCAGAAGGUAAAAAUGACUGUCAGGUAAACACCGGAAGGAUGGAAGAGCUACACACUAAGCUAAUGUAUGAAUAUAAAAACAAUACAGAUGUUUUUAUGAGAGAUUAUAAGAAUGAUCCGUACGUACAGAAUUGUAGUGCUUUGGCUGGACAUAACUAUUGUUGCGUAGAGGAAUAUGAAGGAGGGGGAUUUGUGAAAGCGUAUAUCAGAACAUGUUGCGAUGGCAUUAAUUGGUCGUUUAAUACAACAGUUUUCAAAAAGCUGAAGAAUAUCCAAACCAGCAACGAUUCUUUGUGUGAAUAUCGUUUAGACAGUGAAACAACCACAUGUGUUUCAAUGUGUCGGGGAAAUUUCUGUAAUGGGCCAAUCGCUGCAGCAGAUAAUUUACAUAUAACAUACAUAACUUUUAUAGGCACUUAUAUGUUAUAUCAGUUAUUUUUUUAAACAAAGUAUAAUUUCCUUUACACUCAGAGGUCAUUUUUUUCGAGUUUUACUAAGAUGUUAUGUUUUC